AAGAUGGCGGCCGUGCAGGUUGUGGGCUCGUUCCCCUGCGGGCCGCCGCAGGAGACACCCCCGGAGCAGGACAAUGGUUUCCGCCGCUUGUCCGCCAGGCUCUGCGCCCUGCGCCCGGAUGACAGCAGCUCCGCCCGCACCGAGAUCCACCUGCUCUUCGACCAGCUCAUCUCGGAGAACUACAGCGAGGGCGGCGGCGUGGCCCCGCAGGAUGUCAGUGCUCUUCUCGUGCAAGCUUGCCGACUUGUGCCUCUGAAUCAGAAUCAUCUUGUCAGCAAAGUGUCUCAGCUCAUCCACCAUUUACUUAACAGAUUGCAGGUCAUUGUUGAUGAGCAGAACCUGGAUUUCCUCUUGGCGUACACUAUCUCAGCCAUUCAGCAGUGCAGUGCCUGGACACACAUGGAAAUUCUCCAAGCCCUUGCAGCUCUCGUUUACUGCAAUGGUUCCAAAUGUCAGAAGUACCUUCCAGACUUGCUAGGCAAGACCGGGCUCUUGCUGAAGCUGAGUGACUUGACUCAGUCUGAUCUUGAAGUCAGGAGGGCUGCGGUGCACUGCAUGGCAAACUUAUGUCUCAGCAUGCCAGGACAGCCGCACCUGGAGGAGCCCUACCAGAAUAUCUGCUUCCAGGCUUUCCUGACUACUUUACAAUCUCCCAAGUUGCCCACUAUGGAUGAUAUAACAUUUUGCAUGUUGCUACAAAAUGCAUUAAAAGGUAUACAGUCACUUCUCAAUGGUGGGAAGAUGAAACUGACACAGACUGAUGAACUUGGAGCUCUUCUGGCUGUGCUAAAGAAAUCCAUGUUCCAUGGACUGCCUGGGCUGAGCAUCGAGAUGCCUACCGUGUUAUACCCAACUCCACUUCCUCAGUAUGACGGACGGCCACCCGUCCAGCCACAGCAAUCAGAAUCCAGUGCCUCCCGACCAACUGCAAACAGAAAGAAAAAAUUGAAGGUAAAACCAAGGAAGAACCAGCAAGGCGAGGAGGAGGAGGAAGAAUCUGGCGGAGAAUCAGAAGCGGCCGCAGUCACUGGCGUGGGCAGCAUGAGCCUGCAUGAAGGAAACGCUGCACGUGCCUCCUCGCCGGGCGGCCUGAGGUUGCCACUCGGUGGAGGUGGGGCUGCUGGAAAGGAGCACGUCUCCUCGCCCUUCAACUCCUCGGGUUGGAAGAGGGUCAGCAGCAGUGAGUCAGACUAUUCGGAUGCAGAAGGAGGCGUGCAGAGUAAAACGAGGUCUUACCAAGCCAAAGUUCGCCAAGGAGCAUUAGCGUGUUUUCUUUCUACUGUAAAAUCAAUAGAAAAAAAAGUUCUGUACGGCUACUGGUCAGCCUUCAUUCCUGACACACCUGAGCUCGGAAGCCCGCAGUCCGUGUCCCUGAUGACGCUCACAUUAAAAGACCCCUCCCCAAAGACACGCGCCUGUGCCCUGCAAGUUUUGUCGGCCAUCUUGGAAGGCUCAAAACAGUUUCUUUCCGUUGCUGAAGACACCAGUGACCACAGAAGGGCUUUUACCCCGUUCUCCGUGACGAUUGCUUCCAGCAUUAGAGAGCUGCACAGGUGCCUUCUCCUGGCUUUGGUGGCGGAGUCAUCCUCUCAGACCCUCACUCAGAUCAUUAAGUGCCUUGCAAAUUUAGUAUCCAACGCACCUUAUAACCGCCUAAAACUCAGCCUGCUGACCAAAGUCUGGAACCAGAUAAAGCCUUACAUCCGCCACAAAGAUGUGAACGUUCGUGUGUCAAGUCUCACACUCUUGGGAGCCAUAGUGUCCACUCAUGCACCUUUGCCUGAAGUCCAGCUCCUUCUGCAACAGCCCUGUUCUUCUGGACUUAGCAAUAGCAAUUCAGCCACGCCUCACUUCAGCCCUCCUGACUGGUGGAAGAAAGCCCCCACAGGACCCUCGCUGGAAGAUGCAUCGAUUAGCUCCCCUCAGGGGUCUUCAGAGCCCUGCUGGCUCAUCCGACUUUGCAUUUCCACCAUUGUACUGCCCAGGGAGGAUUCCUGUAUGGGUAGCAGUGCCGGCUCUGCCGCAGGGAGCAUGUAUGAACCGUCCCCCAUGCGACUGGAGGCCUUACAGGUGCUGGCUCAUCUGGCAAGGGGCUACUUUUCAGUGGCUCAGGUCUACUUGAUGGAGCUUGGAGAGGUGAUUUGCAAGUGCAUGGCAGAAGCAGAUCCGUCUAUUCAGCUUCACGGAGCAAAGCUUCUGGAAGAACUGGGUACAGGUUUAAUCCAACAGUAUAAGCCAGAUUCUAUGACAGAACCUGACCAGAGGGUCCCCGUCUUCUUGGUGGUGAUGUUCUGGACCAUGAUGCUGAAUGGCCCCUUACCCAGAGCCCUGCAGAACUCGGAGCACCCCACUCUCCAGGCGAGCGCCUGCGACGCCCUGUCUUCCAUCUUGCCCGAGGCCUUCAGUUGUCUGCCGAGCGACAGGCAGAUGCUGUGUGUCACCGUGCUGCUCGGGCUGAAUGACAGCAGGAACCGCUUGGUGAAAGCCGCCACCUCGCGGGCCCUGGGCGUCUACGUGCUGUUUCCCUGCCUCCGACAGGAUGUCAUAUUUGUUGCAGACACAGCAAACGCAAUCCUGAUGUCCCUUCAAGACAAGUCUCUGAAUGUCCGAGCCAAAGCAGCCUGGUCCCUGGGCAACCUGACCGACACUCUGAUUGUCAACAUGGAAGCGCCAGACCCAAGUUUCCAGGAGGAGUUCUCGGGUCUUCUGCUCUUGAAAAUGCUACGGGCGGCCAUAGACGCAUCCAAGGACAAAGACAAGGUGAAAAGCAGCGCAGUCCGGGCCCUUGGAAACCUGCUCCAUUUUCUACAACCCUCUCAUAUAGAAAAACCCAGAUUUGCUGAAAUCAUCGAGGAAUCUCUCCAGGCCCUGAUUUCUACUGUUCUGACGGAGGCUGCCAUGAAGGUCCGCUGGAAUGCUUGUUACGCACUGGGGAAUGUAUUUAAAAACCCUGCCCUCCCGCUAGGCACCGCCCCAUGGACCUCUCAAGCCUACAACGCGCUGACAUCAGUGGUGACGUCAUGCAAGAACUUCAAAGUGCGCAUCAGGUCAGCCGCCGCCCUCUCCACCCCGAGCAAGAGAGAGCGCUACGGGUCCGAGGAGCAGUACGCCCGCAUCUGGGGCGCGCUGGUCACUGCCUUACAGAGGAGCGAGGACACCACAGACUUCCUGGAGUUCAAGUACUGUGCCAGCCUACGGACCCAAAUCUGCCAGGCGCUCAUCCACCUCUUGAGCUUGGCCAGGGCCUCGGACCUGCCCCGCAUCAGGGACACCCUGGAACUGAACGGAGAUAUGAUCCAAUCCUACGUCCUCCGGUUUCUAAGAUCGGGUGCACAGGGAGAGGACCCCGGGGCGGCCCACAGCCCGCAGGAAAGAGGCGAGAUGAUCAGAACGGCCCUGCAGCACAUAGGCCGCGUCCAGGCUGCGGCCGGAGACACAGCCACAAGAGCGGUCGCGGGCUUCUUAGAAGAUACCCUGAGCAUUUAUCUGGACGCAGCCGGAUGCCACGAGGCCCUCCUCGAGUCAGCACAGCAGUGAAUAGCCCCCCGAGUUUUCCUGACAUCAGUGUGGUGAUCGAAGACCCAAGCUUGAGUGCAGAUUUGUGGGAUUUGAUCUUAGGGGCAGAAACAGUCCCCAUCCUGUUUAUUUAGAAGGAGCUGGAACCUAUUUAAAUUUUUUGCAGAGGGCUCAUCCACUCCAGAGAACACAUUGACCACAGUCGGGGCCGUCAGGACCUCCGUGUGGGGCCGGCAGCAGCCGAGGCGUCGGGAUGGGCUGGGAGCCUAGUAGGCUGGGAGCUUGUCGGGGCUGCUUAGUCUCAGAAAAAAAAAAAAGAGGACUUAGGAAUUAGAGUGUUGUUUCUUAUGUCUUCAGGACUUGUUUUUCUUUUAUAAUAAACUAAUGCGAAAAUGU